GUAUGAGUUUAAAGAUUUACUCGGAACUGGCGCCUUCUCUAAAGUUUUCCUUGCGGAAUGUCGCUUCGAACCUGGUACUUUUGUUGCAAUUAAAUGCAUUGACAAAAAGGCAUUAAAAGGAAAGGAAGAUUCAUUAGAAAAUGAAAUUCGAAUUACGUCACAACAACAUUGUUCAACUUUAUGAUACUUUUGAUGAGAAACAUUAUGUUUAUUUGGUGAUGGAAUUAGUAACAGGAGGCGAACUUUUUGAUCGGAUUGUUGCUAAAGGCUCUUAUACAGAAAGGGACGCUUCCAAUCUCAUUAGACAGGUGCUUGAAGCAGUUUCAUUCAUGCACGACAACGGUGUAGUCCACCGCGACUUGAAACCAGAAAACCUACUUUAUUUUAACCAAGACGAUGAUUCCAAAAUUAUGAUCUCAGAUUUUGGCCUUUCAAAAACUGAAGAGUCUGGAAUUAUGGCGACAGCUUGUGGGACACCGGGAUAUGUGGCGCCCGAAGUUCUUCAGCAGAAACCUUAUGGAAAAGCUGUGGAUGUUUGGUCUAUUGGAGUAAUCGCCUACAUCCUUCUCUGCGGUUAUCCACCAUUUUACGACGAAAACGACGCUAAUUUAUUUGCCCAAAUAAUUAAAGGGGAAUAUGAAUUCGAUUCCCCAUAUUGGGACGAAAUUAGCGAUUCAGCAAAAGAUUUUAUUUCUCAUCUAAUGUGUUGCUCUCCUGAACAGAGGUAUUCCUGUGAGCAAGCAUUAGCACAUCCUUGGAUUAGUGGAAACACAGCUCGAACAAAAGACAUUCACGGAACUGUAGCAACACAUUUAAAAAGAAGUUUGGCGAAAAGAAAAUGGCGCAAGGCAUACAACGCUACAGCAGCAAUUCGACAGCUACAAAUGUUACGGCUUUCAUCAGCGCGUUAUUUGCAACAGAAUCCAGGCAAGAAAGCUAUGGCUACAACAACAUUAACUGCAAAUCAUUAA